AAUCGGAAGAAUCGGAUGACGUCUCAAUACCUCAACGCAGGACUCCAAACUCAGAUCUGUCUUCAAGUGGAGCUUCGCAAGAGACAGAAACAACAGCGAAGAGAAAUCAGAGCCAUCACCACUGUUUUCGUCAUUCUAAGUACGUUCGUGGUGUGCUGGCUGCCCUUCUUCAUACUAGCUUUAAUCGUACCUUUCUGUGGGGACAAGUGUGAGCCCCACCCCUACAUGCGUGUGGCCAUUGACUGGCUAGGCUACACGAACAGUGCUCUGAACCCUUUCAUCUACGCAGUUUUCAACUUGGACUUCAGAAAAGAACUGAAAUUGACUCUUGGAAUUCAGACUUAGUGAUUCAAAAACAAGAACAAACGAUACUAAUAUAGAGCCAUGUGAAUUUAACAUUAACAAGAUCAAUAACUAAUUCAUUCUGAAAAAAACUUAUGAGCUGAUCAUUCUCCGGGUCGCAGCUUUGCAAAAACCAUCGAAGAUGUCCAUUUCAGUUGGACGCUAGAGCAAAUCAGAAGUUAUACUUUAAACAAAUAUGGCGUUCCCGCGCACGCCAUACAGAAUUAAAUGAUCUAUAUUUUAGCUUUUUACUUUCCAUUGAUAAUUCGAUUACCCUUUAGUAUUAGU